UAACCCUAAACGGAGAGACACUCGCUUCUCUUUCCCUUUUCUUCUUCUUCUCUGCUUCACUCUCUCGCCUCUCUUUCCUUUUUUUCUUCUUUUUCUUACGAUCACGACCACCAGCAGAAUCACCAUAAAUCACUGAUUACUUCAAUUUCUUUGGAAAGUGGUAAAGUUGUUCCUAAUCAGAUUGUUUUGGGAAUAAAUUGAGAAGAUGUUGUUAGGGUUUAUUACAUAAGGGGUUUAAUCGGAAGGUUGUAAAAUCAGAAAGAGGGGUUUCAUGAUUUCGUGUAAUGGCUAAAUUAUACUCAAUUGUGAUUUCUAUUUUUUUAUAAGAAAAUCUAUAAUUGAAAUACAUUUGUUUGUUUUUUGGAGCUGUGUGAAUUGUGAAGUUUUAGAUCGAGAAUUGUGAAGGAUUGAGUUUAUGUAGAUUGAAUUGCCAUGGGGGGUUUUAGAAUUGGAAGAAGAGAGAAGAACUGGUUGGAUUUGUUUGAGCAGGAGAUGAAGAAUUGAUGUGAGUCUAUAAUGAAAUUUCUGUUGCUCAUAGAAGAACAUGGGUUUGAUACAUGAUUUUGAAUCUAAGAUGAAGACAGGAGAAAUUUAUGGUUUGAAUUGAUUUGUCUGUGGCAGUCGAAGGAGAUGGGUACUUGAGCUGAAAUUGAGAAGAUGGUGGUGCUAGGCUUGUGAGUUUGUUUGGCUUGAUGGGUGUUGCAGCUGCAGUAUGUAUCAAGGAAUUGGUAUUUGCAUCAGUGGUUUGAGUUGAGAACAAGCUGGAGAUGUAAAAUGGACUAGGGUCUACAGUGCGGUGAAAUAGCUGUAGUUGAGAGACAUGUUGAGCUGCAGCAAACAAUGAAGAGGAGCUCGGAUAGAUGAAUGCCUAGGUUUUAGGUACAAAUUGUAGAUGUUGUUGUUGCAGUGAUGGAGAGAAGUUGGAGCUGAAAUGUUUGAGUUACUGCUGUAGAAAUGAUGUGUUGAUGCUCAUAGUGCGGAGGUGAUGCUCAUUGUGUUGAAGUGAUGGAGACAUGUGUUGUAGCUUAUGUAUGACAGAGAAGUGUAGAUUUGUUGUUGAGCUGACAAGGAAGUGAAGUUGGUGGAAGAACAGAAUUUGCAGGGUUGUAACUGAUGAUGUUGGUAGUGACAGUGAGCUGAGAAUGGUGGCUUUACAGAGAAAUAGUUUGUUGCAGGUGGUGAUGCAAAGAAUAGGCUGUAAUGCUGAGAGGUAGCAGUUGCAGAAGCUACAUGCAGAGUUGAAAAGGAGUUGAGCAGCAAGAAUACAUAUGUUGGUGAAUGCAGGUGCUACACAGGCUUGAUGAAGCACCACUAUGGUGCACAUCAAAUUAGGUCGUGCAAUGGAACCAACUUAGACCAGUCAGUUGGCUGACUCCGAUACUCAUUUCUUAUUAAUGUUGACUGUGGGAUUUCAUAGCAAUGAUUACAGUUUGUAUUGAUUUAACUCGUUUGGUUUAGGGAGAUGAUUUGAGGGUGUACAUGUCUUUUACUAAGAUAGAUAACUGCCACCUAUGCACUAACUGAUGUCAACAGUUUUUUUGGAUGGAAAUGGUCAAAUGUGUGGCAUUAAAUAAAUUUUGAAAAAAAUGAUGGCAAUUUCUUAAACAUGAAAUUAAAAGUGUGGCACUUUAUUAAAAAUCCCUAAACUAAGGAAAUUAAGGGCGGGUUCUCUUCUAAAGUUUUCUGGUGUCAAGUGUGAUUCGUAUUUUAGUAGGGUAGGAUAGGAUAGUUUUAACACAAGUAUAUUUGGCAAUAUUACAGUAGGCAUUCAUUGUAAUGGUUGGAAUCUGAUGACUUAUGAGUGGGUUAUGAUCUGUUACUACAGUAACUUCAAUUGGGUGAUGCUCCGACAACUGUUUCUUCAGGCACAGACAAGCAAUUUCCGUUAUCAAACCCACCCUCUCCAUGAGAUAUAUAGAAAUUUGGGAAAUUUCGCCUCUGAGUCUUUCCAAUUUUUAUACAGACAAACUGACUAAAAUAAGAUUUCCGUUGAAUGUGAUUAAGGUUUUCUCAUGGGAAUUAUCAGUAAAACUGAAGUAAAUUUGAGGAGGUUGCUUGCAACAGCUCCGCAGCAGAAGAAUCAAGCAAAGCUCAUAAAUAUGUAAUUAUAUGGGUGACUCCCUUCAGAUUUGGCUGAAAUUUGGGGUAUGGCCAACUGUUGUUGUGAGUAUGUUGCUACUUUACGAGAACAAUUGGAGCAAUUGGCAGCAGAAACUACAGAGGAUGGCUUACAAAGGAUUUCGAAGGCAAAGGUGAGUGACUAUUCAGAGAAGACUGAAGCACUGGCAGCUAAACUAGCUGCAGAACCAGUAAGUCCUGUUUCGCCAGGACCCUUGGAGGCUUUUGACGGGGAUUGGGUCAAGGAAAUUCCAUCAAAGCCGGAGCUAGGAAGUCAAAUACCUUCUCCAAGAUUGCGAAGGAGGUCUCAUAAUAAAGUUGAAGAUAGAUCAGCUCCUAUCAAACUGGAUGCUGAAGCACAGGCGCAUAUUGAAAAGCAUAGAAAGCUUCAAGAAGAUUUGACGGAUGAAAUGGUUGGAUUAGCACAAAGACUUAAAGAGAGCAGUCUUAUGACACGGAAAAGGUACUUGAUUCUAUGGAAAGGGCAGUGGAGCACAGCUUGGCAAGCACUAGUAAUGCAAAUGCUCGGGCAAUGGAAAUUUAUCCCCGGACUUGCAAGACCACAUGCUUCAUGUGGCUACUAAUCUUAGUCAUGAUAUGUGUUUUCGUAAUGGUCGUACUUCUCAUUCGAUUUGACUAGUUUAUAAAACUGUAAUCUUUGUUCUCAACUUUUCCAGACUGAAAAGUAUGUUAUUCAAUGCUGCUUUAUCUA